UAGUUUCUGACUGCGACGUUUUCUCUGUCUCCCUGCGUCCUGUUUCCUAUUCGUGCGUAACCCCUCUCAAAUAUACAUCUUGAGCAAUCGUGUUCGGCUGUAACAGAAAAAAGUCGGAAAAGUUAAUCGGCUUCUAAUUUCCCAACGACGGGAACCGACUCCAGUCGUUCUCUUCAAAGAGCCGGCUCGUUCGCCUUCGACGCAUCUCUAGGAGGAAGACGGUAAAACAACAUGGCGGCCGGCUACGCGUGGUUUCUGGUGCUGUGCUCGGUCUUUCUCUGCAAUCUCAUGAAAACACUACUUCCGAGCAUAUCUUCUUUCCUUACUAAGAUGGUACAGAAGGACGCUGAGCAGGAGAGUGAGAUGAGGACAGAAAUCCAGGAGAUGAAGAAGGAGCAGUCCUCCAUUAGCAUGAUGGAUGAGUUUGCACGAUACGCCAGGCUGGAGCGCAAGAUCAACAAGACAACAGACAAGCUGAAAACACACGUGAAAUCAAGAACUGCUCAACAAGCCAAAAUGAAAUGGGUCGUGAACAUUGUAUUUUACAUACUGCAGAUCAAGAAGAAGCAGCAGGAUGUGGUUGGCUUCUUGGAGGCUCUUAAAGUGGACUACACUCAGCUGGACAUUGCCUGCAAUGAGGAGAACCGCAUGUGGAUGAGGCAGAACGUCCCCGCGGAGAAGAAGCCCGCCAACGGCAUCCCUCUCCCCCCACAGAUCUUCAAUGAAGAGAACUACUGUGGAGACUAUGACACAUUCUUCGAUGCCAAGGAGGACAACUUGGUGUACUCCUUCCUGGGGCUGCCCCCUCCUCCUGGGUCAAAGGAAGCUGACAAGGCGCCCAUCCUGGAGAAUGGGACGCAUGUGGAGGGAAACCUUGAUGACUCAAUAGAGGUUCCAGUGGAGGAGCGCAACGGGAAGGCACACGGAGAGGAGGAGCAGGUACAGGCAGCUGAUGAGGAGGUGGAGAAGGGGGUGGACGAAGGAGAGGCUGCGGAUGACGAAGCCACGGAAGGAGAAACAGCAGGAGACGAAGCCCCCGCAGAGGAGGAGGAGGAGGAGGAGGAGGCAGUGGAAGGAACAGACGAGGUUACAGAAGACACACAGGCCCAGGCAGAAGAGGAGGAAGAGGAGCAGGUGGAAGAGGAUUUGCAGUCAGAGCCCUCUAGCUGCUUCCUGACAACCUCAACUAUCCCUGAGGAAGAAGAGCUACGACAGCUUGAGGAAGAAGAAGAGGCUGACGCACAAGAGGAAGAAGAAGAAGACUUGGAAGAGACACAGGAAGAAGAGGCUGAGUAGUUGAAGCCAGAUGACUGUUGACGUUACUACUGUCCAGCCUGAAGGAGCUCCCCCUGUUCCGCCUCUCCCUGACUCCUGACGCUUUAUCCCCUCCGCUCUGUCACACAGCCCCUCCACCGAGGCUGACUGGACCCUACUGGAAACCGUUUGGUCGCAUGCUCGAAGGCAUCAUCCAAACUGAAUAGCCCUAACCCACAUUUGCCCCUGACCCUUUCCUUGUGACUGCAAUGUUGACUUAAUUUUUAUAUUUUUGUGUGUAGAGACGUACUGUAAUGAAAAAUGUGCAGAGUAGCAUAGUGGUGCUGGUUUGUUUGUAACUUUUAGAAAUUCUAUUUUUCUAACACAAAGAGGCAGUGACCUUUUCAAAAAAUGGAACCCUGGCACACAUUCACACAUGGCUUCUGUGUUUCACAUCACAAGGAUAAGAACCGUUUCUGUCCUUCUGCUCCGAUGCAGUGUCUUACUGACUCUUUCUAUCAAGUGAAUGUAAAAAUGUAUAACACUCAGACCUCUAAUGGCCUCAUGAGAAACAACAUACGCACAUAUAGCACAAUUGCAAACUACUCCACCACCACUAAAACUACGUCUGCCAGUACUGCUGUCUAAUCAAUGCACUUUGUUGAACGAAGAGUGAAACAUGUGGCUAAGACUUGGAUGCAAUGGAAAAUUUAAUAAAGUAGACUGGUCAUAAAACA